CAGACAUGCCACUGCCAUUCAAACCGCCCCCCAAAACCACUCUUCAAAAAUCACAUCAAACCUCUUAGAAACCCCCAAACUCAGCUUCUUCACAAACACAUUUUCACAUCAAAUCACAUCCCAAGGCCCAUCAAAGUGCCACCCAUGAAAACAACUCUCAUCACAUAUUGCUCUAAAAAACCAAACCUCUUAUUAGAGAAACCUCUUGUUCAUAAGCAGCCUAGAGUGACAAACAAGGUUCCUAGAGAGAGAAAGCCCUUGCAUUGCAAAACCAAUGGUGAUCCCACUGUUGAAAGUGUCUCUCAUGAAGAUAAGCAUUUGUUGAUGUUAUUGCUCGGUUUGAGUUAUUGGGUUCAAGGAUUUAGAUGCUUGCCAUGGAUGGGUGUCAACUUCUACAUGAAGGAUAAUAUGAAAAUUGAUUCUCAAACCCUUCAAUUGAUGCAUAACAUUGGUAACCUCCCAAUGGUGGCCAAACCCAUCUUUGGAAUUUUCUCAGAUGUAGUUUAUGUUGGAGACAAGCACCGUUUGCCUUAUAUUUCUAUUGGAGUUGUUCUACAGGCAUUGUCAUGGGGUGGCAUGGCCCUUAUUCCAUCAAGCAGUAAGUAUCUACCAGCCAUGAUGGCGUGCCUACUACUGAGCAACCUUGGCGCCUCGAUCACAGAGGUCAUAGCCGACACUAUCCUCACCGAGUUCGCUAAGAAAGUGUCCCCGGGUUCAAUUAACAUCCACAGCUAUGCAUGGAUGGUGCUUCUCACUGGUGGGAUACUGGGCAAUGUAUUUGCAGGAUUCAUACUUAAACAUCACCACCCAAAAAUCACAUUCCUCAUAUUCUCCCUCCUUCUAUUCCCUCAACUCUUAAUCUCUUUGGUCACAAAAGAGCACGUCCUAGAUCAAACAAAUUCUAAGGGAACUGAAUAUCCAAAGAAAAUAAAGAAAGUUAUUGAGAAGAAUCUCACCACUGCAAUUAAGGCAAUUAGUAAGCUUCGCAUUUUUCGGCUGAUAAUUUGGGUUCUAGCAUCCACAGCCAUGGUCCCUACCCUGUCUAGUGCCCUAUUCUACUACUAUACGCAGCACUUGAAAAUCAAACCGUCUGUUAUCGGAGCCUCCAAGGUCCUCGGAAUGGUCGGUGUACUAAUUGGAAGCUUCUUAUAUGGCCGAUUCUUCAGUAAUAUCUCUCUUGAUGUUUAUUCUCGAGGGAUUCAGUUUCUCUAUGCAAUAGUGAUAUUCUCAAACCUUUUGCUCAUCAAUAGAGCAAACCUCGCAAUGGGGAUCAGCGAUGAGGCUUGCAUGCUGUGUGUGGCUGUGGUCGCAGAGGUGGUGGGUCAAAUGCGAAUGCUCCCGUUCAUGGCCACCGUGGCUCUGGGGUCCCCUACUGGCUAUGAGGGCUCAGUACCUGCAGUCUUUGCCGCAGGGAUGUGUUUGUCAAAUAUCAUCUCUGAGCUUGUUGGUGCCUCACUAUCUUCAUUUUUACAUAUUUCUCAUGGAAAUUUUGAGGGGCUCCAUUCUGGAAUCCUUGUCCAAUUUUUUGCAGCUCUGGUUCCUUUGGCCUUGGUGCCUCGCCUGCCUAGUUCUAAGCCUCAGGGCUAAAAAUUAAAAGUCUAGAGCCACAUUUGAAGCAUUUCAAGUAUAUUUGGGCAUCUAUUUCACCUUUGUUCUUUGCUGCAUAACUCCUUGGUCUUCAAUUGUUGAUUGCAGUACGGAGUUCAAAUUUGAUCAGAACAACAAUGACCGUUGAUUAAAGGAACGAACAAUAUUUGUAACGACGGACCAUAACAUA